AGACAGCUCUAAUAGACAGCUCCUAUACACAGACAGCUCUAAUAGACAGCUCCUAUACACGGCUCCUUUGCUCCUCCAGCUUUCUUCUCACACUUCCCUUAUUGCUCAGCAGUCCUCCCAUUCUCCUCCUAGACACCAGCUCUACUUGUCUCGUACUUUCUAUGCUCCUCUCCGAGCUCCUCAGAUACAACCUACCUAUCAUCUGGCUGCUCACAUCUGCCGGGGACUUCAGGGAUCGGGAUGGCGUCUCCCGGCUCAGGAUUUUGGUCUUUUGGGGCAGAAGAAGGGAACAGUGAAGCGGAGAACCCAGGGACAGCAAAAGCCUGGUGCCAAGUUGCUCAAAAAUUUACAGGAGGAAUCAGCUCAAAAUUAUGUGCUUUACUUUAUGGAGAGGGGGAAAAAUCUGCAGAUCUAAGCAACAAAGAGGAAAUGUGUCCAAGUGACAAAGGAAACGCUUCCAACUAUGACAAGAAUGUAUGCGGGAAGGGGGAAAUCAACUUCUCCUUAUUGUACUCAACAGAUCUUUUACCUGCAAAAAAUGGAGAGCCAGAGACCAUGCAAUUCUUGCAAGAAGUUAUAGACAUUUUAUUGCAAUAUGUGGUCAAAACCUUUGACAGAUCCACCAAGGUGAUUGAUUUUCACUAUCCAAAUGAGCUGCUACAGGAAUAUAACUGGGAGCUGUCAGACCAGCCGCAGGAUUUAGAAGGGGUCCUACUGAACUGCAAGACCGCCUUAAAAUAUGCUAUUAAGACAGGACAUCCAAGAUAUUUUAAUCAGCUUUCUACUGGUCUGGACAUGGUUGGAUUGGCAGCAGAUUGGUUGACCUCAACAGCCAACACCAACAUGUUCACCUAUGAAAUCGCCCCGGUAUUUGUAUUAUUAGAGUACGUCACCUUAAAGAAAAUGAGAGAAAUGAUUGGGUGGCCUGAUGGAAGUGGCGAUGGAAUAUUUUCUCCAGGUGGUGCCAUAUCUAACUUGUAUGCUAUGUUGAUUGCACGUUUCAAGAUGUUCCCGGAAGUUAAAGAGAAAGGAAUGGCAGCAAUCCCAAGACUGGUUGCCUUCACAUCAGAGCAUAGUCACUUUUCAGUAAAGAAGGGAGCAGCAGCCUUGGGAAUUGGCACGGACAGUGUGAUCCUUAUCAAGUGUGAUGAAAGGGGGAAAAUGAUCCCAUCAGAUCUCGAAAGGAGAAUCAUUGAAGCCAAGCAGAAAGGAUAUGUGCCAUUUUUUGUUAGUGCCACAGCGGGGACCACUGUCUAUGGUGCUUUCGACCCCCUUGUUGCUAUAUCUGAUAUCUGCAGAAAGUAUAAAAUCUGGUUGCAUGUUGAUGCAGCAUGGGGCGGAGGACUGCUGAUGUCGAGAAAACACAGGUGGAAACUAAAUGGUGCUGACAGAGCCAAUUCUGUCACAUGGAACCCACACAAAAUGAUGGGCGUUCCUCUCCAAUGCUCAGCACUUUUGGUUAGAGAAGAGGGAUUAAUGCAAAACUGCAACCAGAUGCACGCAUCCUAUCUCUUCCAGCAAGAUAAACAUUAUGACCUGUCUUAUGAUACCGGGGACAAGGCUCUGCAAUGCGGACGCCAUGUAGACAUUUUUAAGCUAUGGCUGAUGUGGAGAGCUAAGGGGACCACAGGCUUUGAGGCUCAGAUCGAUAAAUGCUUAGACCUCGCAGAAUACCUUUAUAACACCAUAAAGAAUCGGGAAGGUUAUGAAAUGGUCAUUGAGGGAAAGCCCCAGCACACCAAUGUUUGCUUUUGGUAUAUACCACCAAGUUUAAGACACAUGGAAGACAAUGAGGAAAGAAUGUCCAGACUUGUAAAGGUAGCACCAGUGAUCAAAGCUCGUAUGAUGGAAUAUGGCACCACCAUGGUCAGUUACCAACCUCAUGGAGACAAAGUAAACUUCUUCCGUAUGGUGAUCUCUAACCCGGCCGCAAGUCAUCAAGACAUUGAUUUUCUGAUUGAGGAAAUUGAGCGCCUUGGACAAGAUUUAUAAAGUGACCCUUAGAGCUGGUGGAAACUCUUAGGUACACUGUAGAGUUGUCGGAACCAUGUGAAUUUAUUUGUGGUGCGUUACAAUGUAAUUCAAUAUUGUGCCGUAAAUCUUAGGUAUAGCUGUACUGAAAAAGAAGAAAAACCACACAAAAAAAAAGAAACAUUUAGUCCAUUUCCAGUCUUGCUUUUAGAUAUAGUCAUAUUACUAGCAAUGAUGUCUAGGGAAAUGGUAUCAUGCGUACCUUUUCACGUGCUAAGCGAAAUGAUUGCUUCUUUAUGUGAAUGUGCCAACUGUUACAAUACCAGUCAAUGUCGUACGAUACGUCCUAAGGCAAUGAUGCACAACGUACAGUAUAGUAUAUGCAUUGCCUUUCAUGGGAUCAAGAUGGGAUUUCUAAUUUACAUUUGAUAUAUUUCAAAGACAUAUAAUUUUCCAAAAGAGUAUAUAUAUAUAUAUAUAUAUAUAUAUAUACUAAAAAUAUCCUAUUUUAUAAAACAAAGAUUUUAUUUUGUAUGGGUUACAAAACUAGGCAAAUUGUCUGUGACCAAACUCUAAUGUAUGGUAUCGUUCAUUGAUGACAUCCCUUAAGACUCACACACGUUACUUAUAUAUUCCAUAUGUUGGCGGUCAACCAGUGCUAAACCUAACCCAAACGUCUGAUGUACAAAAGAGUUUUAAAGUCUUAAGUCAUGUGUACUGAAAAGCCCCCAAAAUUUCCUCACAAAUUCAUCAAUAACCCAAACUAUAACCAAAAUCUUUAUUAAUGGACAACUCAUACCAAUAUUAAGAGAAUGCACGGGCCAAAAAUAGUUGGAAGAACUUCUACUAGUUUGACUUUUGUCACACACUGUUCCACUGCUGCUCAUGCACAGUGUUUGUCCCAUCCCAUUUACUUAAAUAGGGAUGAGCAGUUAUACCAGACACAGCCUGUAGACAAUAGUGGCUCUUUUUAUGGAAGCAAUUCAAACCCUUAUACAACAUGAGAUGCACCAGCAGGGUGCAAAAUACAGCCAUGGAAGCCGCACAUAGAGAUAACUACUUCAAAGCCCCGUCCCCCACCCUAAAACUAGGGCUACAUGACGAUUUUGGCCAUGACAGGGGUCCUGCCACCAAAAAAUUUAAUGGGUCACAGUGCGACCACUUGUGGGUCACAACUUCACCCAAUCCAAUUAUCCUAGCCCCAGCGUAGCACAAUACACACAGUGUAGAGAAGGAUGGAAGCCUGUAAAAGACGGGAUCACUUAUGGCACUGUGCGGGGAUCGUGGAGGUUCAAAGACACGGAGCACGAUAAAAUAAAUAAACUCUAUAUUUAUUGUUAAUAAGGCUAGGUUCACACGGCCGUUUGCAUCCGACCCUUUAAGGGUCCGAUCGGUUCUUUUUUUUGUCCUGUGCCAAUUGGAUGCUAAAAUGGGUCGGAUGCAAACGGCUACUACCAGGUCAUGACUGACUCCAUUCACUUGCAUGGGGUUCGUUGGUGACCUGGUAAUUUUACAGGAUUUUAGCGGAGAAAAAAAUAGUGCUUGCACUAUUUUUUUUGGCCGCUAAACUCCCGUCCUUCUGCCCGGAUUGCCGACGGAACUCCAAAUAUCGGAGUCCGACGGCAAUGUGAACGAGGCCUAACACGGACAAUGUUUUUCGAAAAGUGUCCCCUUUUCAAAAUACUUUUCAAUACCCUGACCCGGCCCAAAUCACCAUGUAAAUCUACUCUAAGGGAUUAACUAUCAGGAUCACAGUUUUCUCCCACUUCGUGCAAAGCAGCUACAUUCCCAUCCGUAAUCACAUGGCAUACUCAAAAACCGAACCCAAAUGGGGCAAGAUUUGCCCUGUUCACAGUGGACAUUCUGGGGGAAUUAUCAGGUAAAUCGUAAAUGUUUUCAAUUUCAAUCUUGGCAAGUAUGAUAUGGGCACAACUACAAUGAUGAUGAUAUGGGCACAACUACAAUGAUGAUAUGGGCACAACUACAAUGAUGAUAUGGGCACAACUACAAUGAUGAUAUGGGCACAACUACAAUGAUGAUAUGGGCACAACUACAAUGUAGCAGUAGAUCAAAAUACAGUAACCACCUCCCUCCCCGACAUAACAGUAUGUGACACCAAUAGAUGUUUCCCUCUAUCCUCACAGGCACAAUUAUGAAGAUCAGUGCUCAGGACCCAUAUUAUAUCAGAUACUAUAUUAUGAAAAUUUCUAAUGCUGUUAUGUCAGCCAAAUUUGUGCAAUCCUGCCAAAUUCCCUUAAGCACAUAAAGAUAUCUAUUGAAGAGUCAUGAAUUUCCCUUUUCCAUAAAAAACUUAAAUAACCAAA